GUGUCCUGGUCGCGGUCGCUCUCAGCGCUGUUGUAGUUCUAGCGCAGUGUCGCUGUGUUUUGUAGGCGUGUGGACUUCACCGUACAGAGGGUUCCACCACUGCGCUCUCCCUCUCAGUCUGUACACAAACUGGAGAGAAAAAAACCACACAGCUCUUGGGAAAACAUUGACUAAAUCUUAUCUUACUGCCUCUCUGUUGAGUCCUGGUUUUGCGGGCAGGCUCUGUGGCCCAAAGGAAUCAGCUUUCUGCUCGCGCACAAAGGAAGAAAAAUUAGAAGCAGACAAAGACUGAGGAAUGUCACAGCUUCCAUGAGGAAUCCAGCGCUUUAUCAAUCACAUCCCUUCUCACCUUUGUGAUGUGCCGACUGUCCUGCAGUGUCAUUGGAUGAGCCUUGAGGUGGAAGUAAGUCCACUGUGGGUCAUGCUGUGGGCCUGAGUGCUGUAGCUGGCGCUGAAAUGCGGUUGGUUUUGGGGUUGCGGCCCCUCCUGGCCCUGACCCUCGCCCUCACCAGCCUAUCAUACCUGUCCAAUGCUGCCACACCUUUCCCCCAGGACCUGGAGCCAAUCAGCAUUGUUGGGAGUGAGUACUCCUAUCUGUACCCUGGUUUCCAGGGCAACAUGUCGGAUAAUGACACGGCAAGGCUUGGUCUGGACUUCCAGAGGAUGCUGCGUAUAAACCACAUGCUCUACAUCGCUGCCAGGGAUCAUGUCUUUGCCAUCAAUCUCAGCACUUCAAUCGAGCAAAUUGUACCUCAGCAGAAACUGACAUGGAAAACGAAAGAUGUGGAGAAAUGCACAGUGAGGGGCAAGAACAGCGAUGAGUGCUACAACUACAUCAAAGUACUGGUUCCUCGCAACGACGAAACACUGUUUGCAUGCGGAACCAACGCGUUUAACCCCACCUGCCGCAACUACAAGAUGUCCACACUGGAGCAGGAUGGAGAGGAGGUGGUUGGUCAGGCUCGAUGCCCUUUUGAAUCGCGCCAGUCUAAUGUUGGCUUGUUUGCUGGUGGCGAUUUUUAUUCGGCCACAAUGACAGAUUUUUUAGCGAGUGAUGCAGUGAUUUACAGAAGUUUAGGAGAAAGUAGCCCAGUCCUGCGAACCGUGAAGUACGACUCCAAAUGGCUGCGAGAGCCCCAUUUUCUCCACGCCAUUGAGUAUGGCAAUUAUGUGUACUUUUUCUUCAGCGAGAUUGCAGUGGAAUACACCACUCUUGGCAAGGUGGUGUUUUCCAGGGUAGCUCGGGUGUGUAAGAACGAUAAUGGUGGUUCUCCAAGGGUUCUAGAGCGAUACUGGACAUCAUUCCUGAAAGCCCGGCUGAACUGCUCUGUUCCAGGCGACUCAUUUUUCUACUUUGACGUUCUGCAGUCCUUAACUAACGUCAUGCAAAUCAACCACAGGCCUGCUGUGCUGGGAGUCUUCACCACACAGGCCAACAGCAUUACUGGCUCUGCUGUGUGUGCCUUCUACAUGGAUGACAUUGAGCGAGUGUUUAAUGGCAAGUUUAAAGAGCAGAAAACCAGCGAGUCAGCUUGGACCCCUGUACCUGACGAGCAGGUACCCAAGCCCAGGCCAGGUUCCUGUGCUGGAGACGGCUCUGCUGCUGCCUACAAGUCCUCCACAACCUUCCCUGAUGAAACUCUCACCUUCAUCAAGUCGUAUCCGCUAAUGGACGAGGCUGUACCCUCUGUCAAUGACCGGCCAUGCUUCACACGCACCACCAGCAGGUUUAAGUUGACCCAGAUAGCGGUGGAUACAGCCGCUGGGCCAUAUAAGAACCACACCGUUCUGUUCCUAGGCUCAGAGAACGGACGGGUUCUGAAGGUCCUGGCUAGUACUCACCCUAACUCCACCUUCAGCAGCCAGUUAUUGGAGGACAUUGACGUAUACAACCCAAUGAAGUGUAAUGUACGCGGGGAGGACCGGAGGAUUCUGGGCCUGGAGUUGGAUAAGGACCAUCACGCUCUGUUUGUGGCCUUCUCCAGUUGUGUGGUGCGUGUGCCUCUGAGCCGCUGUGCUGACUAUGGAACCUGCAAGAAGAGCUGUCUGUCCUCACGAGACCCCUACUGUAUCUGGCUGAGGAGCGGAAGCUGUGCCACAGUGGCGCCAGGACUAAAGUCUGGCUUUGAGCAGGAUGUGGAGACGGGCUACCCUCAGUACCCAGACAGCUGCCAUGAUGUCUUGGCAACUACACGAAAGCAGAACACUGCAGUGGAUUCAGCCUAUGGAAAGACCUCACCCACAAGCGCCAGCCCAACCAAUCAGGGGCCAGCUCUGCCUAAAGGGCCAGGUGUCCCUGAGAAAGGUACCCACCCUGCGGAGGGGGAGCGGGGGGGGCGGGGUUCCCCUGACUCGGAGCCAAUCAGUGUGGAGAUGGAGGGCGUCCGCCGGCCCCCUGAAGCAGAUAAAUCCAACCACAGUGUUCACUACACUCUGCUAAUAGCCUGUGUGCUUGUGGCUUUCGUCCUGGGCGCCUUUCUCUCCGGCUUCCUCGUCUCCUGUUACUGCAACCACAAUGUCAACAAGACCAAGAGGCUGGCCAAGGACCCGGAGGCUCCUAUCCCUCAUGCACUGUCUCUGCGCAGCCUGGCCAAGCUGAACGGCCUGCUGGAGAGCCAGGGCAAAGAGGAGAAGUUAGAGGUGUCCUCUCCAAAGAUCUAUAACUCUUUUUUCCAGAACGGGAAGGACCAUCCACCCCGUAGAAGCGCUCACCAUGGUGUAAUGUCAGAGCUCAUCCAUCCCCAUCAUCAUCAUUCCUCUGAGCUCUCUGGGCUACCAACGCCUGACUCAACACCAGAGCUGCCGAUCAAGAGCAUGAAGGCCUUUAAAAACCAAUGGGAGAAGAACCAGAAUUGCAACAAUGCCAAAGAGCCGAAGUCUCACAAUGCUGCAGGAUCCAGGCCCAGCUCUGGCAUCCAUCAGCAGGUUUUCCCUUUCUCCCAUGGUCUGGUUAGCAGGCAGGGACUGGGAGGCCCAAUGCAUCCAGAGGAGCGAAAGAUCCACAAUGCUGAGCGCAUACCCAGCCAGCCACAACACUGCUACCCACACAAGAUUGUUGAUGUGACCUCGCUUGACGAGCUUCUAAAGCACAUCCAUGAGAUUAACGUUGCCACUGGGAAGAACCCCACUGUGCUUACCUCAUCAAUGUCGGCCAGUGCGGGCCAGAUGGCGUUUGCCAACCGUGUACAGCCUCAAAUCCCUGAAACAGAGUCAGCGCCCUACUACAGCUCCUCCACCCUGCCUAGAGACAGCCUGACCCGCCGCAUGGACGUCCCUCCAGACAUGCCUCCUCAGCAUCAAUCAACGCUGGAGAGGAUGUCUCGUCACGCCUCCCAGCGCCACUCACUUAUGUCUGGUGGAGAAGGAGGGGUGAUGGUGUGCCGUGAGCCCAGUUUCAGUCGCCGCUCACACCAUCCACCUCCUCCGCUCCUGUCCCGGAUGAACUCUACUGGCAGCGAGGUGCGCCACCCGCUUAUCUCCAACGGCUACCUGACACGACAGCACAGCUACAGCGAGCAGCCGGAGGUCCACCGGGGUGCUGUGGUACGCCGAACCACCUCGCUCAAACCGGACGUCCCACCUAAACCGCUCUUCAUCCCUGCCACCUCUCCAGUCAACCAGGCAGGGAAGUUCAACUACUGAACUCCGACUGAGUCCUCACCUGCACACCAGAGCCUAAAGACUGAAGAAAUCUACAUUCAUGCAGAGAGCAAGUCUAGACCCAAAGUCUAGAUUUCUUAUGUGUGUCUUUGGACAGCUUUCGACUAAAUGCUGCACUAACCACUGAGAACUGGAUUCAGUCAAGAGUGCGUAAGAAAAACGGCAUUCAGUGGAAGAACCUCUCAUGAUUCGAUAAUGGCUGCCAGUGUUGUCAAUUUCAUAUUUGAACUUUAAACUUUUUUUUUAUUUUUAUUAUUUUCUUUGUGUCUCAUCAAUAUAUUUGUACCAUAUUGGUAUUGCUCAGCUAUUUGCUUAUAGAAGGUCAGGAACUAGAAGAGAAAGGAACAGCACCCAUCUUGUUCUAGGCGCUGUCACUGUGUUGGGUGUGGCUUUUAAGUGUUCUCCCAAACCCGUGUUAUAGUUAUCACUAAUUCUGAGGUUGGGACCUGGACUAAGCUAACAACUGGGCUUGAGCCUUAUGUGAUUCUGAUCUCUCUUGCUUUGGCUUAACUAUUCUGUUGAUGUAGAGUUGAUGAACUGUACCAAUCCCAGCUCUAAAACGUGUAUAUAUGCAUGUGUGUGUAUAUAUAUGUGUGUUCAUAUCUACACAGUAUAUGUAUACAUAUACAUACACAGUGUAUGUAUCCUGAAGAAGAAAAUGGAUGAUCUCCUCUGAAAGUAGCUCUUUGCCUUAUUUUGAAAAGUAAAUAUGUUGUUGAAACGCCCUUCUGUUGACCUUUUACACUACAAAUGAAGAAAAAUCUCUUGGGAAAACACGUGAGCAAUAACCUGUCCACCAUGAACUACCAUUACUAUUCCAACAGCACUGCCCACCUUUAGAGUAAUGUAGUCAGAAUGUAAACAAAAAUAAAAAUAGUGUGACUAAAAGUCUGGUGACCAAAAGCAUGGCUAUGAAAAAGAAUUGGUUUUUAUUCAGUGUUAUGAAUAUCAAUGUAUGUAAGAGGAAUGUAAUCAGAUGUGCAUCAAGCUUAUCAUUUAAUCCAAAGCAGCACGUUUUUAAAGCUCUUUUAAACCAUGAGUUCAAGUGUCAACAUGAACUUUUUGGACCAGUUCCUGACACAGAUUAAGCCACAAGCUAGACUGAGUAAGAUUGUCAUUGUAGAAUCCCCACUGAGGGGGAAAUUAAGUCCUAAACGGGACUUAAACUGUGAAAAUUGACCCCAUGUGCCAGAACUGAAACCCCAGAUCUGAGCUACUCCCGUUUUUGUCAUAUUAAAACACAUUUUAUCAUUAUUAACACUGUAGCUAUUUGGUGUAAAUAUAGUAACAAUAACUAGCCAAAUUCUGUUUGUGUAAAUUUGUGCCUUAUUUAAUAUAAAAUGUGCUACAGGGGGGCGUAUGGAGGAAGGGAAUAGGGAAGAGGAGAGACAAGACGCUACCUUUAUCGUUUAAUUUGUAAUUUUUGGAAAAAAAAAUCUUUGGUGUCUCUAUGUGUCAUAUAUAUAAAUAUUCUAUUGUAGAUUUAUAUUUCUAUUUAGACCUUUUUAAUAUUCCCUUACUGUGUGAAGCUAUUACAUUUGGGUCAGCAGCUGCCUGAUUUUUAUGAAUAGUAUUUUUUUCCCCUCUGGUUUCUGUUCUUUCUUUAUGUGUGCAUGUAUACUAAUGCAUUGCACUGAACACUGCAAGCAAAGCUGGUGUGAAGAUUUAAUUUAGUGUCCUGCAGGAAUUGUUUUUUUUUCUCUCUAAGUAAAAGCAAAAUAAUUUUUUUUCUUUAAUCAAAAUUGGUGGAGGUUGGUCAAACCUAAUACUAAAUUGAGAAAAGCAGUAUUAAUUUGUUUUUUCUGUCUGCUUGAAAGGGAAGCCUGGGGCUUGUGUGAGUUUGUGUGUGUGUGUCCUCAAGCACACCUGUGCAUGUUUGAGUGAGUGUGUGUGUUUGUGUGUCCUCAAGCACACGUGUGUGUGUGUGUGUGUGUGUGUGUGUGUGUGUGUGUGUGUGUGUGUGUGUGUGUGUGUGUGUGUGUGUGUGUGUGUGUGUGUGUGUGUGUGUGUGUUUUAAUCUGUUGGGAAUAUCAGUUGGCUGGAGUUCAAACAUAUCUCUCUCUCAGCUUCACUCCGCUGCUGCACUGUCAGACAGAACGGCUCUGUAUGCUUCUCAACUCAAGGACAUCUCUCCCCUCAAGCUUCUCUUUUGUGCUAAUGAUAUGUCUGGGUUUGCAUAGAAUUCUUGGUGCUGGUCUGAAAUAGUUUUCCUCUGUACACUUGAAUUAAUCUCUCCAGUUGGCUGCCUGUUAAGAUGCGCUACAGUAUGUUGCCCCGAAUUAAACCAAAUGCAAUGUCAUUUUUUUCAUAAAUGGCUCGACGUACAUAUGCAACGUACAUAGAACAGUAGGCAACUAUUGAAAGAAGCCCUGUUAAAACGACGGCUGCUUAUUGAAGUGAAGUCUGUCAUUUCAUCAAUACCCAUGAGAGAAUGGAACAGGUUGCCUACAUGUAGGGGAGAGAAAGAGUAGUUUCUUUGAAUUUCCUUGGACUUUAAGAAGGAAAGGCAAUGAAUGGUCUGUGUCUGCUUUAUGUGCUCUAACCGCUGAGGUUUUUGUUAUUGCACAGUGUAAAUAAAGGGGAAUGCCAUGGAGAUGUCCAGAAUGCGGUGUUCGAUUCUGAUUACUGCAGGACAGAAGCUCCACAGCCUCUCCCCCUCUGCUUUUCUUGAAUACCAUUGUAUUUUCCUUAUAACAGAAAUAAAUCAGAAGACCUAA